AUGAUUCCUUAUCUGUUACUUAUCGUGCAAAUUCCUGAGCAUGGAUUAGAUAAUGCCUUAUCACAUUUUCAUAACCAACCUAAUGCAUAUAAAACAUAUAAAUUAAAUGAAUUAAAUUCUAAUUUAGAUGAAGAAACAUCUAAUAAUUCAGAACUUGAAAGUGCAAAUAAUAGUCAUAGUAAUUAUGAUAAAUAUAGUACUGGUGAAAGUAAGGAUCCUUAUAGUAAUGAUGCUGUUGAAGACCAGGUAAUUGUUAAUUGUUGGAGAAAGACCAGAAUUUUACCAUCAGUUUCUCGUGAAGAAAUAGAAAUUGCUAUCAAUAAUCAGGAUAUGUUGUUAGAACA